AUGGACAACCAGUUCAGAGCGGUUCCAGAUGGGUAAUACACUCAAACCAUCUAUCAGCUCCUAAGAGAUCAGAAAUAUCAAGAGGUAAUUAACCUUUUGACCUAUGAGUUGCAAUUCAGUCCUAGAAAUAGAGCUGCCCUCUCAUUAUUAGGCUACUGCUAUUUCUAUGUUCAGGACUACGCCUAAUCAGCUGAAAUGUAUGAUCAACUGACUAAGUUCUUCCCUGAAUGCGAUAACUAUAAAUUGUAUCAUGCUCAGAGUUUAUAUAAAGCUGGCAUGUAUCAAGAGGCUCAAAAAGUUGCUCAGCAAAUUGAAAACUAAGAAUACCAGGAAAAAAUUCUCCAACUUUAGAUCGCCAUUCAAUACGAACUUGAGGAAAUUUCACAUGCUAAAUCUCUUAUUUCUUAACUUCCACCUGAUGCAGCAGAGUAUGUUAUUUCAUAAGGAUGUAUGCUUUAUAAAGAAGAAAAAUACGAAGAGGCUAGAGCUAAGUUCUAAGAAGCUCUUAAUAUGACUGGGUACUAAUGUGACAUUGCAUACAAUAUUGCCUUAUGCUACUAUAAGAUGAAAUCAUUAGCCCCAUCUCUCAAACAUAUUGCUGAUAUCAUUGAGAAGGGAGUCAGAGAGCAUCCAGAAUUAGGUGUAGGAUCAAAUUCAGAAGGAGUUGAAGUGAAGAGUGUUGGAAACACUCAAACCCUAAAAGAAACCGCCUUAAUUGAAGCAUUUAACUUGAAGGCUGCAAUUGAGUUUUCAAUGAAGAACAAUGCAGCAGCUAGAGAAGCACUUCUUGACAUGCCUCCAAGAAAUGAAGAUGAACUUGAUCCAGUAACUCUUCAUAAUCAGGCUUUAAUGAAUAUUGAAUAAGACGCAGCUGGAGGUUUCAAAAAGCUUAACUUCUUACUAAACAAUCCACCCUUCCCACCUGAAACCUUCCCCAAUCUUAUCCUAUUGUACUGCAAAUAUCAACAUUACGACCUUGCUGCUGAUAUCCUAGCUGAAAAUACAGAUCUAACGUAUAAAUGCCUCUCUCAGGAUGAUUUCGACUUCUUAGAAAAUUUCAUUCUCUACUAAACAAAUAAAGAAGAGGCUUAUAAAAAAUUUGAGGAAUUAGCAAACAAACACAUUGAUAAUCUUAGAAAGAAAACUAAGGCUAUUUAAGAUGCUAGAAUCGCUAGAGAUUCAAAAGCAAUCAACUCAGCACUUUAAGAAUAUGAUGCCGCCUUGGACAAAUAUAUUCCAGUUUUGAUGAUGCAAGCUAAAGCUUAUUGGGAUAUUGGUAACUAUCAAAUGGUUGAGAAGAUUUUCAGACAGAGUGCUGAAUUCUGUAGCGAGCAUGAAACCUGGAAACUCAACGUAGGCCAUGUAUUCUUCUUGUAAGAAGGUAAAUACAAGGAUGCAAUCAGAUACUAUGAACCUUUUGUUAGAAGACAAAUGGACGAUCUAUUAAGCAUAACUGCAAUCGUACUUGCAAAUCUUUGUGUUGCUUAUAUAAUGACUAGUCAAAACGCUGAUGCUGAAGAGCUCAUGAAAUGCCUUGAAAAGGAAGAGGAAAGAAUUGCUAUUGAAGAUCCUCAACGCUAAGUCUAUCACUUAUGUAUUGUUAACUUAGUUAUCGGUACCCUCUAUUGCUCAAAGGGUAACUAUACCUUUGGAGUCUCAAGAGUCAUUAAGAGUCUCGAGCCUUACUCAAAGAAGCUAGGAACUGAUACAUGGUUUUACGCCAAGAGAUGCUUCUUAAAUCUAAUUGAGACUCUUGCAAAGCACAUGCUUGUUCUCCCAGACUCAUCUUUUAAUGAGAUCUUAAACUUCUUGGAUGCAGUUGAAGUACACGGAAAGAAUAUUAAGACCGUUAUUGAUCCCCUUGAGGAGCACGACGACAAGAAAACUGUAACCUAUGAAGCCAAACUUCUCAAGAGAAUGUUCCUUAAACUCAGAGAAUGA